UUGUAGGGUGGUGUAGGAAGAGCGGCAGGGCUGCGAGCGGUGGCGUCGCGCGGCGGGGGGGUUUGCAUCCCAGCAGGCACCGCUCUCGCUCCCCGAGCCGCGGCUCGAGCGCUGUGUGAGCGGCUUUUGCGAGCGGUUGGGGGCCCGCCGGUUUUCUUGCUGCGCCGACGCGUGCAGUGUGUGUUGACCGCCGUGGCGUGCGCUCUUCCCUUUUUGCAACUCCCGGUUGUAUCUAUCUGUCCGGGUCGAAAGUUCGUUUUCGUUGUGUGCUGCCCGUCGUCUGUGGCCGUUUUGCUUUUGACCCGAUCGACCAGCGUUGAGAUCGUGUCUGCCACCCACCCCAAAGAUCUCGGAUAGACAUCGUGGAUUCCCGUAUUUGGUUUCCCGUUCGACAUCAGCAAGCGUGCGCAAACGCUUUCCAAGCUGUAACGCCUACUUCAAGCGCCACCGUGUUCAGUGCUCCGUAGAGAAACCUUCAAAGGCCACGCCGGUGUCGUCUGGAGCGUUGUAAGUGCGAUUCGUCUGCUACGAGAGUUGCAGAACCAGAAGCAGAAGUGCUCGCUCGCUGUGUUUAAAAUCGUGCCCUAGAUGCACCAAGCAGCAGCAGAACGUAUCGAUGCGAUUUGAAACGAGCCACGAGUGUGCACGUGUGAUCUACUCCUCGAUGCGCAUCGGGGCGUUACGCUAUCGCCUGUGCGGCGCCGCAGGUCUCGCUGAAAUGUGGCGCUUUACAGCGAGCGCCUAAAGGGACACGAAGAUACGUCUUGAACCGUGGGCUUGUUCCAGACGGCGGUUUUUUCGUCGUCUGCAAAUAACCCAUCCCUGCGCCAACGCUAACGGCACGGUGCCGUCUGCUACUUCUGUUGCACCGGCCUCUACACUUACGCCGGACUAGGCCUUCGGCGUUUGCCCGUUAAGCGAAAAGGCCUUUUCGCCGGUUUCGUCCUCGCAGUGCACAUUUCAUUUAUUUAUUUUCGUUUCGAUACAUUUUUUGGUGCGCGUGGCAAAGGUGCGGUGGUCUUCUGGAUAGAAACACGCUUGUAUACCGUCCCUGGCAACCUUUCUUCAAGACUUCAGACAGGGGAGACAGAGAUCACCGGGAUCGCGUGUCAUUUUCAGAACGUGCAACUGGAGGUUGGUGCACGGAAGAUGGCGUGGAGGUCAACCUGGAGAUGAGCUGUGCGCACGGGGUGGAAUGCCCCUGAAAGGCAGACCGGGCCUGGGAAGCCUUUCCUAGCCUAGAGCGUGUACCUUUAGGGACUCGAACCUUCGGCAACUGCGCCACCAUAUAAGCGCGCAACUGUCGUGCAGUGACCAAAGACAAAAAUGGCGACCCAGACGUUCCGACCAGUGAAAGCGAUGCUGGCGUCCCUAGCGCUGCUCCUGGCAUCGCGUGCCGCGGACACCGCCGCCGCCCACACCGGAGAGGUGAGCGACGUCGGCGGUGACGUCACCGGAAACGAGACCCGAACCGGCGAGCAGUGCAAGGACGGACUCAUCCUUCCCAUGUGGAUGCCUCAGGAAAACAUAAGCACGGGCGACGUCGUCGCUCGCGGCCUAGUCUACUUCCUGGCGCUCGCAUACAUGUUCAUCGGAAUAUCUAUCAUCGCCGACCGGUUCAUGGCCGCCAUCGAGGUCAUCACCUCCAAGGAGAAAGAGGUGACCAUCAAGAAGCCGAACGGCGAGACUCAGACCAUCAGCGUGCGCGUCUGGAACGAGACCGUGUCCAACCUGACCCUGAUGGCGCUGGGCUCUUCAGCGCCAGAGAUCCUGCUGUCCGUGAUCGAGAUAUACGCCCAGAACUUUGAGGCCGGAGACUUGGGACCCGGCACGAUCGUGGGCAGCGCCGCGUUCAACAUGUUCGUCAUCAUCGCCAUCUGCGUCUAUUCCAUCCCUCCGAACGAGGUGCGACGCAUCAAGCACCUUCGCGUCUUCUUCGUCACCAUGACGUGGAGCGUGUUCGCCUACAUCUGGCUCUACAUCAUCCUCACGUACUCCUCCUGGGGCGUGAUCGAGGUGUGGGAGGGCGCCAUCACAUUCAUGUUCUUUCCGGCCACCGUGCUGACGGCGUAUAUCGCCGACCGGAGGCUGCUGAUAUACAAGUACCUCUCCAAGAAGUACAGGGUCACCAAGCGGGGAGUGAUCGUGGGUAGCGAAGGGGAGGACGUCGAGAUGGCGCCCAACAAGGAGAGGCUCGCCGACGGCAUCCUGGGAGGCGGCACGCUGCGUCUCUUCGGCGAAGAACAGAGCUCGGAGGCCAAGGAGUUUGAGGAGCACCGCAAGGAGUACACCCAGAUCCUACGCGAGCUAAGGCACAAGAACCCGGACGCCUCGAUGGACGAGCUGGAGAGCAUGGCACGAGACGAGAUCAUUGCCCGUUGUCCCAAGAGCAGAGCUUACUACAGGAUCCAGGCGACCCGCAAGCUCAUGGGCGCCGGCAACCUGAUCCGUCGCAAGGCGGACCUUCGCGAGGUCGGGGCCAAGGACGAGGGCAAGGAGGAGAAGGUCGAGGAGGAGUGCGUGCGGCUGUUCUUCGACCCGGGUCACUACACGGUAUUCGAGAACGUCGGCGAGUUCGCCGUCACGGUGGCGCGCGAUGGCGGCGAUCCGCAGAGCACCGUAUGCGUCGAUUACAACACCGAGGACGGCACCGCCAACGCCGAAACCGACUACGUGCCCGUCGAAGGCACCCUCGUAUUCCGGCCGGGAGAGAACCAGAAGCAGAUCAUCAUCAAGGUCAUCGACGACGACGUGUUCGAGGAGGACGAGCACUUUUACGUGCGACUCUCGAACCCUCGGUACCUGGGCAGCGGAGGCAGUGGCGCCACUACCACCAUGAACGGAUCUCCGGGACAGCCGCAGCCUCCGGGACUCACGACGGGCGCAGGCAGGCCCCCCGUGAAGCUGGACACGCCCUCUGUCUGCACCGUCAUGAUCCUGGACGACGACCACAGCGGCGUCUUCAGCCUGCCCGAGAGCCAGGUGGAGAUAAGCGAGGCCGUGGGCGAGUACCGCGUCAAGGUGAACCGGUUCAGCGGAGCCCGUGGCCGCGUUUUUCUGCCGUACAAGGCGAUCGAAGGCACGGCUAAGGUGAACAAGGACUUCGAGCCAUGCGACGGGACGCUCGUCUUCGAGAACAACGAAACCAGCAAAGAAUUCUCACUGUUUGUGAUCGACAACGAAUCGUACGAGAAGGACGCCGUCCUCUACAUCGAACUCGGAGAGCCUAAACUGGAGGAAGACGACCCUUACUACAUCCAAGAAAAGCUGGCCUAUGAGAAAUCAGAUCUCCUUCGCGAGCACGGCGUGGAAGAUGUGCCCGAAGUUGAACUCACCGAGGCGCAGAAGAUUGCGCUCAUGGGUCGACCGCGACUGGGCGACCAGUGCCGCUGCACCAUCCGCAUCAAGGAGAGCAAGGAGUUCAAGAACACUGUGGACAAGCUCUUCCAAAAGGCCAACGUUUCGCUGAUGAUCGGAACAUCCUCUUGGAAGGAGCAGUUCAUCGAAGCCAUUACUGUGGUCGCUGACGACGACCGGAACAAGUUUCAUACGGAGGAAGCGUUUGAAAUGGAAAGCGCCAGCUUGAAAUUCAGCAAAGACGAUGACGAGGAGGGUGGCGAAGAUGGCGACGAGGUGACGGUGCGCAUGCCUUCCUGCUCGGACUACGUGAUGCACGUGUUCACCGUUUUCUGGAAGGUCAUCUUCGCGUUCGUCCCCCCGACAGACUACUGGGGCGGAUGGGCCUGCUUUGUGACCAGCAUUCUCCUCAUCGGCGUCCUGACCGCGUUUGUGGGUGACUUGGCAUCCCACUUUGGCUGCACCAUUGGACUCAAGGACUCGGUGACCGCCAUCUCGCUGGUCGCACUGGGAACAAGCAUACCUGACACCUUUGCUAGCAAGGUGGCGGCUCAAAACGACAAGUACGCCGACUCGUCCAUCGGCAACGUGACCGGCAGCAACGCGGUCAACGUCUUCCUGGGCAUCGGCGUCGCCUGGUCUCUGGCGGCGCUGGUGCACUGGGGACGAGGGACUACGUUCGAGGUGCUUCCGGGCAACCUGGCCUUCUCAGUCACCAUCUUCUGCGUCUGCGCGCUCUUCUGCUGCAUGGUGCUGCUCCUGCGCCGCAAUAAGAUCGUAGGCGGAGAACUAGGGGGACCGAUGCGCUUCAAGUUGCCCACCACCAUUCUCUUCGGCGGCCUGUGGGUCUUCUACGUGACCAUGUCUGCCCUCGAGGCUUACGGAGUCAUUCAAGGAUUCUAAGGUAGACAGACCCAACGGCCGGCGUCGACCACGUUUUUGUCCUUCGACUCUUAUCACUACGGGACGUUAUUUCCCAGGACAACAUCGAAGAACACCAUACCACUUGGAGGAAAAGAACAUGGAAGAUGAUACAAUGGCGAGACAGACCCUUCUUCGAUAGGGUCUGUUCGCUUCCUUCGCUUCUGAACUGCCAACGUCGUAACAACCUUUCGAAGUGCUCCGAGAGUUGGAAGACUUGCUGUUCUUCCGAAAUUACGUUUUUUCGGUGGGAUUAGGGACGUUAUUCUGGAACCGGGACGUACGUUUAGAGGUGUGUGAACGUUGUCACUAUCGAAGGCAGCGUUCCAGCGUUGGAUGUUUGAGACUUCAGUGUGAGAUGUUUGAGGUCGUGUAACUCGCAGCACUCAGUAUGUCCCCCCCCCCCUCUCAUAGGGCACUCUUUAUGUGGUACACACUGCGGGGACAUCGAACAUUUCAUAUAAAAACCCUGAAGGUAAGCGUUGAAAGCAUCAAACGGAUGCGGAACAUUGGAAACUACCGCUUGAGAUAAAGUAUCGUGCUUCGUCUCCAAGCCACCCGACGCUACGAGACGUCAUUCGUGCCAGAGAUAGCGAUGGUGUUUUGAGCACGUGCGCUGCUUCAAGUUACGGGCCACCAACGAAUUCAUCGUGCUGUUGAAACUUGAGGACAAUAUGGCACGCCACCACACACGACAAGCCACAGUGGUUCGCAGAUUUCAAUGCCUGCUAUCUCGUAUGUUACAGUGUCGUGUACCCGCAUGCACUUCAGCAAAGUGCGGCGUUGGAAGCGAAGAAAUUGUGCCGUGAUCAACCACGUCCACCUAUGAUGAUACCAAGCAAGGGUUGAAGCCUCGGCUUAGCGGCAGCUCACUAUCGACGUGCUCCAUGAAAAAAGUGUGAAAUGCUUGUAGCCAACGGCUUUCAGAAGGGAGCGGUAGACCGUUGUGAUUACGUAUGUUGACAUCAUGCUCUAGGUGCCAGAAGAGGUAGUGAUCGUGUCUUCGGUGAGUGACCUUAUGAAGACAAACGACCGUGAAUCGGAAGUGAGCGUACACCGAACCGUUGAGAAAAGUCGCACUUCAGGAGACUACUUGACUGUGAGACUUCGUGCGUGCACCGGGUAAACUACUGCAUUCAACAUAGCGUCAUCCGACAGAGUGUGAGAUUCCUGUGUUCCAAGUCGUGCUUGGCAAUCUGAGCUGGAGUCGUGUGCGGAAUGAGCGAGAUGUCACGUGAUAUGAGGAACUACGAGUCCCAUUCCGAUUUCCUGAUGAAUAGAACGGACUUUUCGACGUACGCAACGGACUGCUAAUAACCAGAUCCGGACGGGCCUGUAAACACGGUGGCAUCAGUUUCAGGCAGGAGGCGUACGGUUGCGGUAAUCGGCACUUGCUGGUCAGACGGAGUCGUUGGUUCGCUGUGGUACUCGCACAGAAUGAACGAGGCGGUCUUGAUUACCAUGCUUCACGUUCCACUGUUGAUAAACGACAAACUGUGUUUCCGGGAGAAGCGCGUAAGCGGAGCAAUCAGUCAUGAGCGAGCUAUUGUUUCCUCGGGCGAUACCUAAGUCUCCCACGGCCGUUCGCGCGUGAACCCCUCUCGAUUAAGUUCCCUCUGGAGAACCUGAGUCGAGACCGCUUAGCUGCUUCACUAGUUGCAUUGCUUGAAUGCGUUCAAGGGUGCAGCACUACUGCCCUUCCCGAAAGCUCCCUGUUCGGUCUCAGUUGUUUUGUGAAAUCACAAUUUUAAUAUUGAUGUGUCGAUCUCGCUUCAGUGAGGAUAGAAGCCGACAGCUUACACAAGUUCGCGACCGAAAUAAUUGCAUGGCAGCUUACUUCUACCACUGAAAACCAAGAAUACGUCCUAAAAAAGCGUCACCAUUCCCGUGCGGAAGCAUUACGACAUGAAAUUCACGGAGGGAUCCUAAUUAGUAGAAUAUGCCAAGACGCUUCUACGUAAUAAUGGUUAUCGUAUGCGGUAAGAUUGAUGGAAGCUGUCUAGUGGAGCAGAAUAUUGGAACAGAAUGCAUGACGCCUACCAGGAACGAGAGCCAUAAAGUUCCAGCGAAUCUUCUAGGGAUUUACAAAAUGAUGGUUGGCCGCAUCGGGCAAUACUGGUACGGCUCAUUGAUAAAAUGUCUGCUUACGGAAGUGUAUUUUUUUUAACCCUCGUGUUCUGACAUUAAGCUCUGGGACGUUGCGUAAAUUUGCGAGUACUUUCACUGUUCCUCGGCAUUGAAGAGAAAGCGAUCCCAAGCGUAGCAGUUAUAUCUAUGUUGAUAUGGCCGCUUAAUAUUUUGGCCAGUCUAUGAGAAUGGCCAAGCAGAGGGGCUGACUUGCUCACGGAAACUUUCCCGUGUACUACGGUAACAGUCAUAAUGUGCAUUGUCCUUUUACCGCAAGCAGGAAUAGACGUAAAGAUUUCCAGCAAUGCAUUGCCGGCCUUCCGCAGCUUAUGGAAACACAGUUAUUUAGUGUAUCGCCAAGUGGCACGUCUAUGUACUCAUACUAGUCCCUGUUGGCCGACUCAGUCGGGCCUUCUCACGGACUGCUUAUGGAGUAGCGUGAGCCAGGCUUUCUUCUGAACACCUCCUUGAAGGAGAGCCAUAAGAGAAUCAAGAUGACAAUACAGAAUAAGCUCUCAUAGGCCGCACACGGAAAACCUCGUCGGCCUGCACAACCUCCGCAGCUCAUUACGUUCAAGCUUUACAGACUACCGCCAUUCACACCUUUAUCGCGACUGGCCAAUUCAUGACAAGAGAUUCGAAGGACGACACAAUGAAGGAAGAAAGAAAACUGCCUACAAGACGCAUGACGUCACCGCGUGUGCUACGGGAACGUAGCAUCUACCGUACCUUUCGCCGACUUCGUCGAGGAACUUUGUGCCUGACGUCCGGAGGGGACUCCGCACAUGAAAGACGAGAAGCACUUUUCUCUCUCUCUCUCUCUUCGUGUUCUUGUUCAUGUAUGUUUUGUUCUCGUUGUGCCACUGUUGUAAUUCCUCAUUCCUAUUGCCUAUCCUCUACCAACGUGACAAACGUUGAACCUGUGCUCCACCUAUCUCGAACAGGCCUGUGCCGACGCGAUAAGGAAAAUGAGACGCCAUCCCAGAACACCGAGAGUUCAUGUGCUUCUGUGUGUGUGUUCCCGUGUCAUAGUGAUGCUUCCUUGUUACCGUGUUGCUGAACUGGAGCGAACGUUAAAAACUCGAAUGGGCCUGCGAACUGGCCACUGUGUCUACGAAUAACGUUGUCUGGACUCUAGAGUGUGUUUCUUCUUUGUUUUCGAUCACCUGUUGGCAUCUAUCGAACCUGCAAGCCCCGGAACCUGAGGGCUAAACUCAGCAGGUGUUCCGCAGAGGAAGCGAAGAUGAUAAUGCAUACAGAAGGAAGGGAACUCGGAACGAAAAAGAAAAAUACCAAAACUGACCUCUUCCUUCAUCUUUUUGGCUCGCUCAGUAUAAGCUAUUUCAUAUAAUUAUCGUUGUUUCUUGUCCGUUUCGGAAGCUCACGAGGUCGUUUAUAGUUACAAAAAAAAGUAGCUUGCGUCAUCGCUUUUUAACUCAAUGUUCUAAGCUUACGCAUCAAGCAGCAAGCAAGGUUCAGAGGCGUUGCGCGUUUUAAUGUUAAGACAGUCGUUGUCUUCGAGGGUUGUUGAGUGACUGCGGGAUGCCUUAUAACUGGCCGCUUAUAUCCGGGAGAGGGGGUCGCCUCGUAUCCGUGAUUACCGUAUGUUGUUUUUUUCGCGGCACUGUUACAGGACACGUAGCGUAAGAUAUCUUUUUUUUUCCUGGACCAAUAUAUUUAUCCCUAGAUGCCUCCGCCCUGUUUUUCAAUCAAAACACGCGGCGGCUAAUGCAGAUUUCAGGUUUCUCUACAUUUUCGUAUUUUAAGAAAGCAUAUCGUAGUGAUCGCUUGACCACUAGUGAUUAGUAUUUUUAUCAGCCGAUGGGGCAUCGUGAUUUGUACGUAUAUACAGCAUUUAACUUCGUACAAUAGAUGUGCGAUAAUAUACUUGCCUAACAGUGAGGUUUAGAUAAAUUUAUCGAACAUGUUCGCUUCCGAUUCGAAAACAGCGCACGUAGGCGCAUACAACAUUUGUAUUAAGGAAUUACAAUUAGUAUUGCUGAGUAGAUAGAUGCUCGUGCCAAUAAUCGGCAUCAAACUAUGUCCCGCGCAAAAUACUUGGAACUUAAUGAUUCAGGCAAUUUUCUGUUUGAAUACGUGAUGGAGUGGGUGGCGAUGGGCGUUGAAAGGAAAGCAGCCUAUACAGCAGCGUCCGGCGCACGCAGGUGGCAUGUAUAAAAGCUCUGUGCGCUCGCACGUUUAUAGUGGCUUUGUACAAAAGCAGUAGUAGCUACCGCGCGCAGCGCUAAGACCACGUGGCGGGAGGCGUCGCUGUGACGUCACGACGGAACCCAAACUGGAGAGAUGUUUCGCAGCUGCGCGAGAGAUCGAACGUUGUUAAAAGAAGUUGUUUCACGUGUAUAACGUUUUCGCUUGCCUCAACUAACUGUCUCAUAGUUGUUCUUAGUCGAGCACAAUUGUAAGCGAGCUAUUACUACUACUACGCUUUCUCUCUCUCCGUGACAACCUUCCCUUUCCACACUGUCAAAUUUUACCCUCCUCCUCUCCCCAACGCUUUAUUUCCUUACUCGUAAGCUCGGGGAGUUUGCACAAUUAACGAAAAACUAUACAUAACUUUCUUUCUGUUGCACUCUAUAUGACUCGUCGUGCUGUUUGUGUCCAAUUGCUCCAUUCCCACACACAAAAAAAAACAGAGAGGAAUAUAGAAAUGUUGUUCUCGAGUGAAAUAUGUGCGGAGAUAUAUUACGAGAAAUUGAAGAGAAGAGAAGAAAAGAAAACUUACGAUAAGUGAGCAGCUGUUACCUGCUUCGUCUCGCCUCAAUUAUUUACCUCGACUUUGUUUCACCCCUGAAAAAAAAAAAAUCAAUGUGUGAAGCAUCGCACCGGAACGAACGCAAAGGAACGAUACGACUCGACAGGACAGCCGCUACACUCGAAACUGGUUUGUCUUGAAAACAGAACGUGGUUUAUAUGCAUGUACAUCGGCGUACCACCUGCAACAAUGUCUCUGUGCG